GGGCAGAUAAUAACAAAUAAAAAAUCUUCCCUCUUGAUUAUUUUAAUAACUAUGGAUGUUUGAUUGAUCACAUAAUAUAAGUAAAGAAAAGAAGGAUUUUUUUAUGAGAUCGUGCCUUCUUUUAUAAAGUGAAUAAAAAGAUAGAGUAGUGUACUAUUAUAAAAUGAAAUAUAGAAAUACUUGUUUGAUCCCAUGUUUUCUGCGAAGUCCCAGUAGUAGUUGUGCGCUCAAUCAGAUUUGCAGGAGAGAUAUAUUAUACGAUUAAUUACUUUUUCCGAUCCAUUUUAUAUGAUAUAAUUCGACUCUUGAGAUUCAAACAAGAAAUAUUUUUAUCACAUUUUUUCAUAUGUACUUUAAAUAUUUGAUAAAGUAGUUAAUUAUUUUGACUUGUAAUAUUUUUUUAUACGUAGUUUCUAAAUAUAUAAAUUAUCUUUUUAAAAACCGUUAAGUUUGUAGAUUUGAUUGACUCUCGAAAUUUGAACUAUGACAGAAAUGAGUAUUAAUAAAUUAAAGCUACUCCUGAAUAAUUGUACGCAUGUGGCCUAAAGGCUAAUACAAAUCAGAGUUAAAACUCCUAAGUAGAUGGAAGAAGCACUGUUGGAAGAGAAGAGUGGAAGUUUGAGGAGAGGAAGAUGGGAUGUGUUUGUGAAAGAGUUGAAGAAGGUGAGCUACAUAGCAAUGCCCAUGGUGGUGGUCACUGUAUCGCAGCACCUAUUGAGGGUUGUGUCCAUGAUGAUGAUUGGCCAUCUCAAUGAGCUUUCCCUUUCUGGUGCUGCCAUUGCUACCUCUCUCACCAAUGUUACUGGCUUCAGUCUCCUUUUCGGAAUGUCCAGUGCCUUAGAGACUCUAUGUGGACAAGCUUAUGGAGCUGAAGAAUACCGGAAGCUAGGAAUCUACACUAAUGGGGCAAUUAUAUCUCUCCUUGUGGUUUGCAUACCGAUAUCUGUCCUAUGGCUUUUUGUGGACAAAUUUCUUAUACUCAUAGGUCAAGACCCUCUUAUUUCCAUAGAAGCAGGCAAAUAUUCGUGUUGGCUUAUCUCUACUUUAUUUCCUUAUGCGAUUCUACAAGCAUUGGUGCGGUACUUGCAGACUCAAAGCUUGAUUCUUCCAAUGCUUAUGAGCUCAAUUGCAGCUCUCUGCUUUCACGUGCCUCUCUGUUGGGCGCUUGUAUUCAAGCUAAACUUGGGAAGCGGUGGAGCUGCAAUUGCAAUUGGUUUAUCUUAUUGGUUCAAUGUGCUAUUGCUAAGUUUAUAUGUGAAAUACUCUUCCUCCUGUGAAAAGACUCGUCUUUGUUUCUCGAAAGAAGUCUUGACUAGCACAAAGGAAUUCUUCCAUUUGGCUAUCCCUUCCGCUAGCAUGGUUUGCCUUGAAUGGUGGACAUCUGAGAUAGUGAUACUGCUUGCUGGUCUCUUGACAAAACCUCAACUUGAGACUUCAGUGCUUUCAAUAUGCCUCUUAGUUUCUUCGCUUCAUUAUUUCAUACCAUUUUCCAUUGGUGCUGGUGCAAGCACUAGAGUUUCUAAUGAGCUAGGUGCUGGGAAUCCUGAAGCAGCUAGAAUGUCUGUCUUGUCAGUAACUGUACUUGGAUUGGCAGAGGCCAUCGUUGCAUGUGUUGUUCUUCUUUGCUCCUGUCACGUCCUUGGAUAUGCGUUCAGUAAUGAGAAGGAAGUUGUGGAUUAUCUCAGAGACAUGACUCCACUUCUUUGCCUCUUGAUUGGGAUAGACUGCAUUCAGGCAGUACUUUCUGGUGUUGCGAGAGGAUGCGGGUGGCAGCAUUUGGGAGCCUAUGUCAAUCUUGGUUCAUAUUAUCUGGUUGCAAUACCAAUAGCCAUAUUGUUGGGUUUCUUUCUCCAUUUAAAAGGGAAGGGGCUCUGGAUUGGACUAAAUGCAGGAUCAGUAGUGCAAUCCCUACUGUUUUCCCUUAUAACAUGUCUAACGGAUUGGCAAAAUCAGGCAUCAAUUGCUAGGGAAAGAAUAUUUCAUGCAAGAGCUACUAAAGAGAGCGACCGCUGACAGGCCAAGUGAAAAUAAAUACCAAAGUUUCUGAUUCUUUCUCGAAUUCAGGAAAAUAGAUAAAUUACAUAGUGAGGAUUGAUGAAGAAGCCCGUUGGAAUUCAAAAAAAAAAUUGAAAAAAUUGUUGCCUUUUUAUAUGAUUUUGAUCAUCUCAGGAGCUAACUGAAGUCCGUUUCUUUGACUAAUUAGAAUAUAUAGUUGUAACUGUUAGUUCUUUUUAUUUGUUGUUAAAUUCAGUAGUUGGUAAUCGAAAAUCCAUGAGGAGGAAAACGAUCCUUUUUAUAACCAACAGCAAGAGUACUAGUAGACAAUAGACAGUAGACAAGAAGCUAUAUUGAGUCACAUACAUGAUAACCGGGGUUGCUCAGGUGGUUGGGUUCGAAUAACCAAGAGAGCAAAGAAACCGAAGCUGGAGGGACAAAACAAAAAAAAGUCACA